UAAUAUUGAAAAUGGAAAGAGGAAAUGGCGGGUAUAUAUAGUGAGUUUGGUGUGGAGGGUGAGGCUGACAAGACAAAGGUUUUUUCAUCCAUAAAAUACAUGAUGGAAACAAGAAUUGUGCUGGCAAAGCCAUUCACGGUAGAGAGUGAAUCAGAUCCUCCGGACGCAAAUUAUAAAGCUCCAAACUUUUUGCGGCGCAUACUAACUCUCUUUAAGAAUGUGCGCCCAGGAUCUGAUGUCUCCUGCUUCAAGCUGCCACCUGUGUUCAACAUGCCGAAGUCAGAGCUUCAGUGCUAUGGGGAGUGUGUAUAUUCCACAACAUCAAACUUGCUAAGCAUAAUCAACAGUGGGAAGACAUCAAUGGAUAGAUUCAUAUCUGUUGUAGCAUGGAGCAUUUCUACAGUACGCCCCCUAUGGUUUGGACUGGCUCCCUACAAUCCCACACUUGGUGAAACUCACCAUGUUUCCAAAGGAAACCUUAAUGUCUUACUCGAGCAGGUUUCACAUCACCCUCCGGUAUCUGCUCUCCAUGCCACCGAUGAAAAGGAAAAUAUAGAAACGAUAUGGUGCCACGCUACUGUUCCAAAAUUCACUGGUGCAUCAGUAGAAGCUCAUGUGCAUGGCAAACGGCAGCUGAAGCUCCAUAAUCAUGGAGAGACAUACGAAUUGAAUUCUCCUAAUUUUCUUAUCAGAAUGCUUCCAGUCCCUGGAAAUGAUUGGAUAGGCAAUGUUAAUAUCAGGUGCCCACAAACAGGCCUAGUGGCAGAAUUAAGCUACACAACUCAAUCUUUCUUUGGGUUUGGGGCAAGUGGAAGAACGAUUAAAGGGAAGAUCUUUGAUUCAAACUCCAUGAAACUUCUGUACAAAGUUGAAGGUCAUUGGGAUAGUACUGUAACGUUGAAGAAUACAGACAAUUCAGACGUAAGAGUGAUAUAUGAUGCAAAACAAGUUAUUUCAGGGCUCCAACCUCCUAUUGUCAAGGAUCCAGAGAGUGUGUGGCCAACAGAAACAGCUCUUGUUUGGGGUGAGUUGAGCCAAGCCAUUUUGAGCAAAGACUGGGAAAAAGCUAGAGAUGCAAAGAAAAGUGUUGAGGAAAGACAGAGGGAGCUGCAGAGAGAAAGAGUGUCAAAAGGACAAAGUUGGGUUCCUAAACACUUCAUUGUGUCUUAUACCAAAGAAAAGGGUUGGGACUGUUCACCCAUUCAAAAGUGGGUCCAAAAUGCCCCUAUCGUUAUCAUGUAAUUUACAGCCUCUAUAUGUAUGUUUUAAAAUUAAUCGUUACAUGUUACAUAAGAAUUACUUCACUUUUGUUAGCACUAUGUACACCAAAGUUGGGAGUAGCCAAUGUAACUUGAGAAGUAUUUCUGAGAAUAUUUAUUAUAAAA